AUGCUGGGUUUCCCUGGUAUUGCAGGAUCAAAUGGUAUACCGGGGCCACACGGACCUCAGGUAAGGGAAGGUGUAAAAGGACAAAUUGGUGAUAAAGGAUCACAAGGAAUGCCGGGUCCAAGAGGAGACAGAGGGCGCGAAGGAACCUCUGGGAAGAAUAGACCACGAGGAAUUAAGGGAAUGAAAGGUGAACAGGGACUUGUGGGAAUGAAAGGAGAGCGAGGCAUUGCGGAAUCGAAAGGCAAGCAAGGGGUUGUGGGAAUAAAAGGAGUGCGCGGAGCAGUGGCAAUUAAAGGAGAGUAAGGCAUUGCGGGAAUGAAAGAAGUGCGCGGAGCUGUGGGAAUGAAAGGGAAGCAAGGUAUUGCGGGAAUGAAAGGAGUGCGCGGAGCAGUCGGAAUUAAAGGAGAGCGAGGCAUUGUGGGAAAUCAGGGAAGAAAAGGAGACAAAGGAGAGAAAGGAGAAAGCGCCAAAGCAAGUCAAGCAAGUGUAGUACCACAAACCAACUGGAAACAAUGUGUGUGGAAAUCAACGAGCUAUACUGAUAACGGGAAGAUUAAGGUAAAUAGAAUAAGAAUCAGAAGAGAAUAAGAAAAUUCAUUCCUUUUUAAAUUAAAAUGUUUCAAAGAAGAAAGUCUCCCCUCUCACUGACCGUUUGCCAACACAUUACAUAAAUAACUAAGUUACAUUUCUCUCUACUUUGGUUCUUUUUUGAACGAAAAAAAGAAAACUAUCGUGCGUGAUAAAAGGAUUCCUGGCCAUAUGGAUAAGGACAACGAAAAUUUAAGCUAUUACAGAGUUUUUAAAAAUUAGGAAGUAAUCAUGACUGGAGUUGUUAGUAUCAAUCAUUACAGACGAUUGCUCGCCUUACUACAAUAUGUUUGAUUUGUUUUAUUUUAUUCCAGGACUGUACAUUUAACAAACUGCAGUCUAAUUCAGCGCUCAGAGUCUCAUUCCAGGGAAACAUGGGGGUCUAUGGAAGUAAUUCUAAGUGUAAUCGCUGGUAUUUCAAGUUCAAUGGAAAUGAAUGCAGUGGACCAAUGACGAUUGAGGCUGCUGUUCAACUACUGGCCAUCUGGGAACCCUAA